AUGGCCGACAUCUCGCCAGAUAACCUCUUCAAGGCUCUCACUGGUUCCUUCUCCCCCGACGCCAAUCAACGUCGAGAGGCGGAGAACUUCAUCACGGCUGCCCAGAGGCAGCAGGGCUUCAUGCAGGCCCUCUGCCGUGUCUGGAUUGAAGACCAGGUCGAGUCGGUCAUUCGCCAAUCAGCAGCUAUUCAAGUGAAGAACGGUAUCAAGAACUUCUGGUCUCGUAGAGUCCAAUACGAUGGCAGUGUCCAGCAGAUAACCGAGCCAGGGCCGUCUGGCUACGAACUGUGUGAUGCCGAUAAAGCCUUUGUGUUGAGUAAUAUCGUUGAUAUUGCCGUCCAUGCCAAAGGGGAUGCCAAACUACGUAACUUGGCUAUUGAGUGUGUCCGUGAAUGCAUUCAUCGAGAGUAUCCGGCGUGUUGGCCCGACCUUCUUCCUCAAGCGCUUAGCCUUAUUGCUGCGACUGAGGACCCCAACAAGGUUAUGGUGGGCCUACUAGUGCUGAGGAAGAUUGCUCGAGAAUUUGAGAUGAAGGCUCGGGGUCGUCCAGGGCGUGAGAGUUUAGACUCAGUGGUACUGAUCGUACAGGCCCUCCCACAGCUGCUGGAGCUCGGGGAGAAGCUCUACCCAAGUGCAGAGGCUAUGGGCACUCAGGCCAUCGACAUGCUCCGAGUGGUUGCCAAGACAUUCCACUCGUGUAUUCAAACAUCGCUACAUGAGAGUCUGAUUACGGACCAUGCUUCAUGUGGUAGAUGGAUGGAAUUGUUCCUCAAGUGUUCAACGAGGUUGUCCGUCCCUGCGAAUAAGCUGCCUGCGGACCAUGAUCAAAGGCAACAGAUCCCUCUCGCUAAGCUUCAGAAGUGGACUAUGAGGAACAUCCACCGUUUCAUUGGUCGUUUUGGCAAUCCUCGCCUGGUCGCGGCCCAUGAGACGGGCCAGAACGUAGCCGUGGUGAUGACCAACUUUGCGCAGUGGUGGUUGGACACCUUUGGUCCGGGCAUGACGCAGCAGAUGAUCGAGCUGCUCCAGAAGAGGGCUACUCAGGGAGCCUUCGUUAGUGACCAGGUAGUGUAUCAAGUCUUUGGUUUUAUCGCAGAGGCCACGCAGCAUGCUAUUACCUAUAAGGUCAUAAAGCCUCAUCUCCAGUUCCUGGUUCACGAUGUGGUCCUGCCCAUCUUGUCCUUCUCCCAAGAGGAUCAGCAGCUGUGGGAAGCGGAUCCUGAUGAGUUCAUUCGCCGCCAAGGAGCGUGCGAGACCAUAUUCUCGGACCCUCGGAGCGCCGCUGGUGACCUCUUACGUGCGUUCGUCAGCUAUCGUGGCCGCGACAGUCUGAGCAUCAUAAUGGCGUCGAUCUCUAUGGACCUGGAGGCUUACAGUAGGAUGGGAGACACGGCAGACGUGGCAGCUUGCUGCAAGAAAGAUGGAGCCUUGAACGCCCUCGAGAAUAUAGCGGAGCAGUUGGCUAUGGCUGCUGUGGAAAAAUCUGGUCAGUCGAAGAGGUCUAAGAAGGGCAAGAAGUAUAAGAAGCCUUCAGCAGUUGAAAAUCAACUGCCUGAUGUGAACGCCCUACAGCAGAUGUUGGUCAAUGUGGUCCUGCCUGAUUUCAAAUCCCAAUGUGCCUUCCUACGUUUGAGGGCGUGUUCGACCUUUGAGGCGUUCAUCAGUGAGAAUAUUGAGUUCAGCGAAGAUGUCUUUGGUGCUGCCUUUGUGGCUGUCAAGACCUGCUUGAGCGACACGGAGUUGCCGGUGAGGGUUCAGGCAGGCGGCUCCAUCAAGCCUUUCUUCAACAACUGUCCAGGGGCUAUGAGGUCAGUAGUUGCCCAAACGGUGCCUGAAGUGAUAGACAGGCUGCUUCGUCUCACACAGGAGGUUGAUAGCGAGGCCUUAGCGUCGACUCUGGACUCUAUGGCUACUGAGUUCUCAGAUGCGGUGGGACCAUAUGCUUCCCAAGCUGUAAACCAUCUUGUUCCUGCCUUCUUGCGGCAAAUGAAGGCUGAGGAGACUGAUGAUGAAACGGCAAUGGCCGCUAUGGGUACGAUACAGACUAUAUUGUCUCUCAUGGAUUCCGUUUUCAAGAACCCUGCUGCUUUGGGCCAAUGCGAGCAGUCGGUCUGUGCUCUGUUGGAUGCUCUGUUCACUCCGGAUGGCAUUGAUUAUUUUGAGGAUGGGCUUGAGAUCCUUACUGGCGUCACUUUCACCGCCCCUCAGCCCUUACCGGAGUCCUUGUGGAGAUACUACUGUUUGAUUCACCAAGCUGUUUGUGGCGGUAGCUUGCCAGGUCAUGGGCUCAGUGGUCCUCUAUCGGAGGGCUGGGCGGCCGACUAUCUCGAGAACAUGCUUGGUCCUUUGGACAACUACCUAUCUCGGGGGACCCAGACUUGGCUUACUGGGGCUAGCCCUACGGGGAUGCGCUACACGGAAUUGCUCUUUGCUAUUGUCAAGAAGGGUAUGGAGAUGCAGGAUGACUUUGCGGCCGCUCAAGCAGCCAAGAUUGCCGCUCUCGUGUUUGAAAACUGCAAGGCUGGUCAGGCUGAUGAGUGGCUUGAACCUUACGUGGGCCUCCUAGCGGCUUCAUUGAAGUCCUGUGAUAAGAGUAAGGGAAAGCAGGAGGAGCUGAGAUGGAUCGUCUACGCCCUUGUGAUGAUGUUGUGGUAUUCGCCUACUGCUUUGGUGGCCGUGCUUGACAAGCAUAGCCUUACAUUGGAUAUUCUGUCAGCUAUCAUUCAGGGCGCGGGUCUUUUGCGGUCCCACGACGAGAAGAAGGCACUGAUUUUGGCACUCGGGAGUCUGUUGCGAACGAUGGCGCAGAUGCCGGCCCAUGUCCAGGGGACUUGUAAGAAAGUAGUGCAGACAGCUUUCGAGCAGUGUAAGGAAGUGCACACUAUGCGGCUGAAGGCUAAGGAAAAGGCGGCCCAUCGUGGUGAUGAUGAUGAGGAUGAUGAUGAUAGCGACUGGGUUGGAGAGGAUGACGAAGGGCUCAUCCAAGAUCUUGGUGAUGAUGAGGAUGCCUCGGCGUCUAGGCAGGUUAAGCUGAUGCAGGAGGUGAGAGCUCAGCUGAUGGCAGUGUUGGCUGGGGAGGCUGAUGAUGACGAUGAGGAGGAUGAUAGUGACUAUGAUGAUGAUGUGGAUGAUGAAGAGAAUAAGACUAGUGCUCUGGAUCCUUAUGAUGAGUUUAUUUACCUUGGAGAGACUUUAGCGCAGUGCCCUGCCUUAUUGGAGCAAUCUGACUUGUCUGCACAGGACCAACAGAGCUGGAAAAAUAUGAUUCAGGAAAGGGCGAAUCAAUUGGCGCAAAAGCAACAACAGCAACAGCAACAGAAGCAGUAG